UGCAGCCCCCAGGACCUCUCCCAGGAGCUCAAAGCCUUCCUGACGGGCUCAGACCCCACUCUGGGGACCCCUUUGUCCCCCCGGAUCACGCUCGCUGUGCCCUCCGCCUCCUCCGCCGCCUCCCAGCCGCCCGCCACGCCGUCCUGCAGCACUUGGCCGGCCUUUUUGACGACCACGUCUGCGCCCACCUCCGCCUGCGUUCCGAAAUCCCCUCCAACCCCCCUUCCAACCCCCUCCUCCUCCCCCCCGCCGCCCCGUCGGCUCUCACCGAGGUGAUCCACGAAACUCAACGCCUCCUCCUGGCUUUCAUCAAAGCCAAACCCAACGCCUGGGCUCCGCUCUUGGCCGCCUGGGCCGUGGAGCUGCUGGGGCAGCUGAGCAGCAAAUAUUCGGGCCGGCACGGAGCUCGGGGGCUGAACGAGCUGCUGCAGCUGUGGAUGUCGUGCGAGGCCACGCGCACCCUGAUGGACAUUUACGCCCAAUGCCUGGCCGCCCUCAUCGCCUCCUGCCCCGACGCCUGCGUGGACGCCCUGCUGGACACCUCGGUGCAGCACUCGCCCCACUUCGACUGGGUGGUGGCUCACAUUGGGGGCUCCUUCCCGGGCACCAUCAUCAGCCGGGUGCUGUCCUGCGGCCUGAAGGAUUUCUGCGCCCACGGGGACGCCGUGGUGGUGGGAGGCGGUGACAAACGCGUCCCCAAGCUGGCCUCGGUGGUGGGCAUCCUGGGCCACCUGGCUUCUCGCCACGGUGCCAGCAUCAAACAGGAGCUGCUGCGGAUGUUCCACGAAGGUUUGGCGCCCGGGCAGCACAAAGGCACCGUUCCCUUCUUGCUGCAGCUUGCCCUCAUGUCCCCUCCGCUUCUGGGCACCGUGGCGGCCGAAUUGGUGGAAUCACUCAAACCUUCGGUGCUCAACCAGCUCCACCAACGUUUCUCCCCUCUGCCCCGCGACGAAUUGGAUUCCACCGUCGCUCUCCUGGUCCGUCUCAUCUGCCAGACGUCGGCCGGGGCGUUCCGCACUCUGCAGUUCCUUCUGGACACGGCCAUGCCCGCCUCAGUCAUCACCCCUCCCGGCCUGGCUCUGCACGAAGGCGUCCGCGAGGCCUGCGACCGCCUGGUCGCUCUCCUGCUGCUGCAGCUGCAGAAAUUGGUUCACAACCGUUCCGCUCCCAGCCUGGCCGACGGCCCUCAACGCUGCGUCCCUUUCCUGGAAGCCCUGAGGGGUCGCGUGGCCGAGCUGUGCGCCGAGACGCUGCGCUUGGAGAGGAAGCGUUACCUGUGGCAGCACCAGCUGCUGGGGCUGCUGGCUGUUUACGCGGCCCCGCACGGAGCUCCCGAGGCCAUGUUCCACCUGCUGGCCUUGGCCAAAGGGCAGGACGAGCUGGCUUUGGCCACGCAGCUGCACGCCGUUCUGUCCGCCAGCCUGGCCGACCUCCCCGCCGCCACCGCCGCGCUCUGCGUGCGCCAAAUCCACGCCGGGGCUCUGCCGGCCCCGCAGCUCACGCAGCUCCUUCACAACCUGGCUUUGGUGGCCGCUAACGAAGACGCUAACGAGCCCGCUUCGUUAGGGACGCAAUUAGCGCCGGCGCUGGCGUCGCACCUCCCCGAGCUGGCGCAGCUCCUCCUGCACCCCGUGCCGGAUACGGCCGCAGACAUCGUGAUCCAGCAGGACGAUGAGAUCCGCCUGAAGAUCGUGGGGACGCGAGUGGACAAGAACGACAUCGUGGGUCCCCACAGCCCCACACAGACCCCAUAG